UUCGUUAGUGAUGAACAACGAAGAAAAUGAAUGGAAAACAAGUUAGCACAAACAUAUAACCCGAAAUAUCGCCGAAUCUCGUUCCUGAGAACUGCGUUUCGGCCGAUAUUUCCCGAUAAGCCAGAAUCUAAACAAAAGCAGAAACAAAAAGUACCUGACCUGUAAUAUGAAUGCAGAAUUCACAUCACAUGUAGUAUACUAACCAUGUUUUUUCAUUUUUUUUGGCUAUUCAGUGUUGUUUAGAAAGAAAAAUUUUGGGUAAGUUUUGCUUUUAAUGGGUUUGUUGGUUUUGUCAAUCAACAAGAACUUCAAUUCGGUUACUUGAUUUUGUUCUUUCCUUUGGGAAGCUUUUGAAUUUUAUUUGUGGGUUCGGUAAAUUUUUUUAUUUGUUUAUUUUGAGCAGUGUGAGAGAAUUUAGUACCUGGUGCGAAUUCUGAUUGGAAUAUUGAGAAUUCAAUCGAGAAGAGUUGAGAAAACCCAGAAGAAUAUUGAAUCACAUCGUUUCUCUCCGUUAGGGUUUUUUUUUUUUUCCUAGAAUUAAGAUUCGUUUAGGUUUCUGAGUGUUUUAAUUCUGCUUUCGCUUGUUGAGGUUUCGAUGUUGAAAAAAUCCAAAAUUUUUCAAUCUUAAUUGUCUGGAUUUGAAAUUUUGAUUAUUAUGGCAUCUUAUAGAGCAUUUCCACCCCCACCACAAUCCUCGUUUCAGCCGCCUCCACCACUGCCGAACCAAAACCCCACGCAACCUCCACCUCCUCCACCACCACUGUCAUCGCAACAACAACCACAAAGACCAAUUCAGUUUAAUCAGAACUGGGGUUAUAAUGCCCAAAUGCCUUCCCAGCAGCAACAACAAAAUUAUCCUCCUUCAAGACCACCUCCACCACCACACCAACAAUACCCUUAUGCACAACCACCGCCGCCACCACCACCUGAGUCGUCGUACCCCCCUCCACCCCCACCUCCACCACAACAACAACAACCACAGCAGCCUCCAAUGUAUUAUCCAUCUAGCCAGUAUACACAGAAUUCUAUGUAUAAUCUGCAACUACCAAUGCAGCCAUUGCAACCACCGCUUCCUCCUCCACCACCUUCCUCUCCUCCUCCUAGCUCAUCCGCCCCACCACCACCCCCUCCUAGUUCUCCUCCACCACCACCUCCUCCAAAGGAGAUUGAUGGUGGAGGUUCUCAAUUCAAUGAUCGUGAUAAAACAGUGUCUAAGGAGGUUUCUAGGCAUGCUUCUCGUGAUAACAAGCAUUUGAGGCAGCACAAUCUUCCAGUGCCACCACAAAUGGUUAAGAAGGUUAGUGGAGGUUCAGGGAGAGUGGAGACAGAGGAGGAGAGGAGGAUAAGGAAGAAGAAGGAGUAUGAGAAGCAGAGGCAAGAGGAGAAGCAUAGGCAACAAAUGAAGGAGUCUCAGAAUGCAGUAAUGCAGAAGGCUCAGAUCAUGGCUUCUGGGAAAGGAGGCCAUGGGUCAAUUGUAGGGUCAAGAAUGGGGGAUAGGAGGGCUGCUCCAUUUUUAAGUGGUGAGAGGAUUGAGAAUAGGUUGAAAAAGCCCACAACAUUCUUGUGCAAGUUGAAAUUCCGUAAUGAGCUUCCUGACCCAAGUGCACAGCCAAAGCUUAUGGCUUUGAAGAAGGACAAAGAUCGAUUUACAAGAUACACAAUUACAUCUCUGGAGAAAAAUUACAAGCCCCAGCUGUAUGUUGAACCGGAUCUUGGGAUACCUCUUGACCUGCUUGACCUUAAUGUUUACAAUCCUCCCAAGGGUGUCAGAAUACCUCUUGCUCCAGAAGAUGAAGAGUUGUUGCGUGAUGAUGAUGUGGUUACCCCCGUAAAGAAAGAUGGUAUAAGGAAAAAAGAACGGCCAACUGAUAAAGGUGUUUCUUGGCUGGUUAAGACUCAGUAUAUUUCUCCUCUUAGCAUGGAAUCAACAAGACAGUCUUUGACUGAAAAACAAGCAAAAGAACUGAAAGAGAAGAAGGGAGGCCGUAACAUUUUAGAAAACCUUAAUGAUAGGGACAGACAGAUUAAGGACAUUGAAGCAUCAUUUGAGGCAUCAAAGCUGCGUCCCAUUCAUUCAACCAAUAAAGAUUUACAUCCUGUUAAGAUUUGGCCUCUGAUACCUGAUUCUGAGAGGUACGAUGAUCAAUUUGUUGUGGCUUUAUUUGAUGGUGUUCCAACAGCAGAUUCAGAAAUCUACAGCAAGUUGGACAAGCCUGUCCGUGAUGAGCAUGAAUCACGGGCUAUUAUGAAAAGUUAUGUGGCAACAGGCUCUGAUCCAGCUAACCCUGAUAAAUUUCUGGCAUACAUGGUCCCUUCCUUAGAUGAGCUGUCAAAGGACAUGUAUGACGAGAAUGAAGAUGUCUUAUUUUCUUGGGUUCGUGAAUAUCACUGGGAUGUGCGGGGUGAAGAUGCUGAUUAUCCAACAUCAUACCUUGUUUCCUUUGAUGAUGAAGAAGCUCGCUAUGUGCCUCUCCCCACAAAACUUAAUUUGAGAAAGAAGAGGGCCAGGGAGGGGAGAUCUAAUGAGGAUGUUGAGCAUUUUCCUGUACCUUCAAGACUGACUGUAAGGCGGCGACCAAGUGUCGCUGUGAUAGAACUGAACGAUGCUGGGGCUUAUUCAGACUCAAGGGGAACCAGCUCUAAGAUGGCAAGGUUAGAUGCCGAAGAUGGCCUGGAAAGAUCACGAAAGCUCUCACAACAUCAAGAUCUCUAUCACUCUAGUGGAGCAGAAGAUGACUUGUCUGAUUGAGGGUGAUCGCUGCUGAGGUAUCUUGGAGUAAUCAGGGUCUAGUUUUAUUUCUUUAGAUUUAGAGAGAUUAACCAGAUUCCUAGACCAGCUGCAAGAUAUAUCUGUGAGUGUUCCUUUCUUCCAAAUAGGAUACAUUUUCUGGAUUAUACACAAGGCACAAAAAUAAGUGUCACUUCAAUGAACAUAACAGAAAUCUUGGUAUGGGUUCAGUGUGAGAAUGUUCAUUUUUUGAAACAGACUAGUAUAUGUAACAAUGAAUAUAAGCUUGUUCUAUGUUCAGUUUUUCACUGUAA